CUGCCCCGGGAAGGACGGAGGGAGGGAGGCUGCCACGCCGGGCGGGCGGGAAGUGAGCUCAGCGCACAGGAAAUCCCGCCCGCCUGGCCUGUGUUGUGCUGCCGAGGGGCAGAGAAAGGAGCCUAGCGACCGAGCGGGGCUGGCGCCGGAGACCACGGGCAAAGCCAUGUCUGACCAGGAAGCAAAACCUUCAGCUGAGGACUUGGGAGAUAAGAAAGAGGGAGAAUACAUUAAACUCAAAGUCAUUGGGCAGGACAGCAGUGAAAUUCACUUCAAGGUGAAAAUGACAACACAUCUCAAGAAACUCAAAGAAUCAUACUGUCAAAGACAGGGAGUUCCAAUGAAUUCGCUCAGGUUCCUCUUCGAGGGUCAGAGAAUUACUGAUAAUCAUACCCCCAAAGAGCUGGGGAUGGAGGAGGAAGAUGUGAUUGAAGUUUAUCAGGAACAGACAGGGGGUCACUCGACAGUUUAGAUCCUUUCGUUUGUUUUUUCUUUCCCCUUAAUCCUUUUUUAUUUUUAAAUAAUAGUUCUUUUGUAAUGUGGCGUUCAACACUGAACUGAAACUGGCACCCCAUCUCUGGGAACUUAUUUUCAAACAUUUGGUAUCUUGAAUUCUCGUGCUCAUUAUACACUAUAAUUUCUGUUUUCAUUGUGCUGAACUCUUGUGAUCCAGCUGCAGCCCUGCUCCUUUUCCCCCUCCCCUUUAAAAUUACAUGUACACACAUGCAUUUGUAUGUUCACUAGGAUCGUGCAUUUCAGGCACGAAGGUUGUAAGAUCUGCCAGGUGGGCAAGUGUUCCUAAUGACUUCCAAAUCAGCCCUGAAGUUUUGAUGUGUGACUGUUUCACUCCUGGACUAUAACUUUCAGUGGGAGAUGAAGUUUUUCAGAGAACUAAACAAUGGAGAAAUUGUGUGUCCAUAAUUGAGAGCUGUUUUCCUUAAAUUGUGCUCGGGGCCCAGGAAAGAAGAUUGUCCAGUUGCAAAUGAAAAAGAUAGAACUGGUGUCAUCUGUACUUUCCUCCAGAGAUGGCUACACAGAAGACAUAAAAUUGAAAACCCUGUUGAUUCUUAAAUUUUGGCAGAAGAGCCCAGAAAAGUUCUUUCAUAUAGCAAUUAAUACACAGAUAUUCAUGCAAGAAUGUACACAGCAGACACUUGUAGUAUUCUGACAUUCUUGUUUGUACCUUUUGGCCUGGGACAUGGGUUUUGAAUGGACGUUGUCUGUACCAGCUUCAUUAAAAUAAACAAGAAAAACAAUUUUAUAAACAUUAACAAUUUGUAUUUUCUUUUCAAAUAUUUGGAGAUGAAAAAGCAAGAGAUGUGCUUAUUUAGUAAAUAUUGAUCAGAGCCAGCAAAUAUUAUACUCUUAAAAUAUACUCUGUAAACUAGAAUUCUAUUGUUCCCUGCUUACUCCAAGUGUUGAAUACUCAUUGAUUUUUAUUUUUUUAAUAGUAAUGUGCAUUCCUUUCUCUUGAAACUAUCAGCUGUUUCUGGUACCUGUUGAAUGAUGAUAUGUACUUGGAGCUUCAGUUUGGAUUCUAAAACGAGAGGUUAGAUUGAAACCUGUAACUUGGAAGGGAGAGUUGGAAGGAAAUAGUUUUUUUUUUUUUUUUUAACCCUCCUGCCCCUCACCCCCCCCCCCCCCCAAAAAAAAGUUAACCUUUUCCCUCUAGAUCAGGGGUGGGCAAACUUUUUGGGCAGAGGGCCACAGCUAGGUGGGGAAAUUGUAUGCAGGGCAAGGGGUGGGGGGCUGGAGGUAGUGCGGAGUGUGAGAGGGGGUGCGGUGUGCUGUAAGGGACUCAGGGCAAGGGAUUGGGGCAGAGGAGGGGUGCAGGCUAUAUGAGGGGGCUUAGGGAAGAGGGUUGGGGUGCAGGAGGGGGCUCGGCAAGGGUGCAGGAGGGGUGUGGACUGCAGGAGAGGGCUCAGGGCAGGGUUGGGGUGCAAGGUGCAGGCAGGGGGCUUAGGGCAGGGAGUUGGGGGGCAGGGUGCAGGCAGGGUUCGGGCUCCGGCCUGGCACUGCUUACCUAAAGCGGCUCUGGGGUGGCGCCAGGGCAGGCUCCCUGCACGCCUGCCCUGUCCCCGGCCCCGCGCUGCUCCAGGAAACGCUGCGGCCCCUGUGGGGGAGGUGGGCUCUGCGUGCGCUGCCCUUUUCACACCUCCAGGUACCUCCCCCGAAGCUCCCAUUGGCCACAACCAAAGGGAGCUGUGGGGGGCGGUGUCUGGAGGCAAGGGCAAUGUACAGAGCUCUUCCCCCUCCUCCCCCCCCCCCCGGGACUGCAGGGACGUGGUGCCAGCCGCUUCUGAGAGCGGUGCGGGGCCCACGGCACCAUGGGGGGCAAUCCCAUGGGCUGGAUCCAAAACCCUGAGGGGCCAGAUCUGGCCCGUGGGCCAAAGUUUGCCCACCUCUGCUCUAGAUCACUGCAUCACAUAUGGUCCAGGUCAGUAGUACCCCAAACUAAUUACCAUCUGAUGGUUGAAUGAUGUCCUAUCUAAAAUGAGUUGUGGGCUCAUUGCAAUUCCUAACCAGGUAUCCGCAUCUCAAGAGGUACCACCAUUGUGGGUACCUGCCUGGGCCAUCUCAACAGUGCAUCACACAGUUAUGAAUGGGUCAUACUCAAUGUCACACUCAAAUGGGUCUUACAGCUCAGGUAGGAGGUGGAUUGGGAGGAUGGUGUAGAAAAAUACAUUGCUCUGCCUCUGCUUCACGUGACGUGCAAAUAAACAGGACUUGCGUUUGCAGGUUUUUACAUCAAGCACUUCUCAUGAAAACUCAAUUUACAUUGCCAUUUUGCUAAAAUAUGUUUUAUGCUUUCACAGAUAGGUUUUGAGGGUUUUUUAUGGAGCUCACUGUACAGUUAUAAAUGCAUUUCCUUUCAUGCUUGUGGUUUGUGUCCCUUUUCCGAUCUGGUAGUACACUUCUUUUGUACUCCUAGCUGCACUAAACAAUUCUUUUAAAAUUAUUAAAAUUUUGAUUUAAAAGA